AUGACGGAAGAUGCACUGGAAUUGUUUAGAAAAAAGCUAUCUGACCUGAAAGAAAACGAUAAGUUCAAGAUAAACGCGCUGACGUUUCUUGCGCGGGAUCAUAAAGAUUCUGCAGAUAUUGCUCAAAGUAUCGUUGAGGUCACGAUCAAACAUGUUUACGCGAUACGUGACGAAAAAGGGCGACUGAAGCUAUACGACUUGCGGACGACGUGGAAAGACGUGUUUCCUGCCCAUCGUAUGUAUGAAUUAGACGUCAGGGUCCGAGAGCAUGACCCGGCUUGGCCGCUGGUUGCCAACUUGACAGACAGUCGAGUUUCAUUGCGUUCUUUGCCUAAUGUUCCCAAAUUACAACCGAGACCAGUCGAAAAAGGGGACAAUGCAGAAAAUACAACGUCAAAGCAACCAAAGGCUUCUUUAACAGAAUCUCGAGACCCCCGACUUAACCGCAAACGCAAGUCUUCAGGUACUCCGGAUGCAUCCAGUCCACGUGAAGAUUUCCUAAUUGAUCGCUCGGGUGACCAGAAAAUGGAAGCCGUAGCUAGAAAACAGGGCAAACAGGAGGUGACCGAGCAAGCGAAGAAGGUGCCCUUGUUUGUGGCACACGAUUUGGACAUGCGAUCACAGGCACUAGCAUCACCCGCUCGUUCGGGCGUUUGGUCGGAAUACAUGGACAAACACACCGAAGUUGUAUCUCGUCGUGAAGUAAAAGACGUCGACAUGCGAAUUGCUUACCCAGAUGUUCCCAAGGAUAAAGUUGGCAACCCAGAUUUCACCACCGCGAGUUCGCAUGCGGUUACUGAUACGGGUUUUACCUCAACUAAAGUCGCCGUUCCAAUCGCUAGAGAUGUUUCGCAAAUCGUGCCGCCAGUUCGCGAUCUCCCUCCCAACAUACACGGCGUAAUGCCGAAAAGGGCUGAUCCACCUGACGUAGUUGCCACCACAACCGUUCCGCCUGCUCCCAUGGAGAGUGCACCUUUCCGAACCCCGCAUUUAAAUUUGCCAUUCGAACCACAGGGAAUGAUUAGACCACAUCCCCCGGGGCUUCGCCCCCGAAAUUCUCCUGAUGUUAACAGCAUGAUUUACGAUCAGGAUCCGUCUCCUCUGUUUCGUCGUCCCGAACCUCGUCCACCCUUACCUCCAUUGCCUCCUAUGAACUCAUCUCUUACACCACCACUCCGUUUUGAGCGUGAGGCAGCACGUGAUCUUAUUCCCCGUCAAACUCGGCCUUACGAAGCGCCUUAUAAUGGACCACCCAUACGUGGACCGACUUGGGUAGUUGAAAUUGAUGGUUUUCCCGAUAUGGUUAAUAUCGGUGUGGAUCCUAGAAUGCUCUCAUUGGCAGGCCAUCCUAAACCACCAAGGCGAAUAACAAUAGAUGGUCGAAGCUACAGUUUGAUUCUCGAUCGAGUUCAGCCUCUCAUCAUGGUAGGAAAUCAAGUGCAUGCUGUACGUUUCCGUUGUGAGCACGUAACAGUUCUUAUUGACGGUCGAUGCUUUACCAUUCCUGGUACGGGCUUCACAAAGGUAACUGUCGGAUGGCGUCCAUAUCAAGCCUACUUGGGAGGCCCUGGUCAUGAGUUGGUAAUCGAUGGAAAACCACACACUGUACCGCUUGGCCCCGAACUAACUUACAUAACUGUUGGUUAUCACUCCGUGGGUGUGAAGUUUGUCGGUAGGCCUCCGAGAAGUGUGAACGUCCUGCCAUCAAUUCCACCUCGCCUUCUCAAGUGGGCUGGACAAGGCUUAUUUGGAUCUCCAAGAAGUUUGCAUUUGCCACCAUUAAAUCCUCUUAGCGAAUUGGCUCGACUAGCCGAGAGGCGAACAGUCGGUAGUGGACUUGGGGCCCAGCGUGCUCCCCUACGGCAAGGAUUUGAUGUUCGGUAUCCUCCCAAUCCUGUUGUAUCCGCAGCCGAUGGUGGUGUAGGACAAAGCAUGGUUGGCUCUCAACCAUCCUCAACAGAAGUGCCGAAAAGCACAGUCGAACAACCCGUUGAAAAUACACCACCAAAACCGGCUCUACCUCAAAUCAAUGUUCAUGAGCUGUUCCAAAAACUGGUCCAAGCCGGAAUAGUUUCCCAACCUCAACCAGAACCCAUUGCACCUGAACUAAAAAGCUAUUCAUGGGAGACAUUUAAGAUGCCAUGCCCUUCAGAGAUAGAUUCUCUAUACAACGGACAUCAAUGUGGUCAGUGUGGCCUCAGGUUUCAAAGCGAUCGAUCGCCGGAAUUCGCCUCCCAUCUGGAUUACCAUUAUAUGAAGAAUUCUCGAGAUGACCAAGGUCACAGAAGCAGGAAUUUUUAUCAGGCUUCACGAUAUUGGCUAUUUAGUGAAACGACACGAGAUGGCAACGCGCCUUUCGAGCCUGGCACACCUGUUCCUGAUUUACAAGAGUGCAAGUGCCCAGCUUUUAGUGACCCGUCCAAAAACGUGUGUGCCGUGUGCAACGAAAAGUUUGACCUGUUUUGGGAUCAUGAUGAAGAGGAAUGGAUGUUACGGGACGCAGUUUUGGUUCAGGACAAGGUUUACCAUCCGAUUUGUCAGGAAGAUGCCGGAAAGGAAUUCACGAUUGAAAACGUGAGUUUGCGCUCCGUAUAUAAGGUUUGUCUACGAUCGUCACGAUCUAAAAUCCCAUCUCAGGUAUAUUAUAAGCUUUUGAUGAAAACCUAUAACUCAGUUUAA